UUUUUGUUGCUACAGGAAAGGAGACUCCUAGGACGCCUCUCUGAAUAAAGACGCUCAAAGCGUGAAGUGACUAGAUGGGUGCCAAGGCGGAAAACUAGGGAAUGGGAGAAGUUUAAAGCAGCUUUAUUCAUAAUUGCCAAAAUGUGGAAACAGCCAAGAUAUACUUCAGAAGAAAAAAUACUUCAUGAUAAAAACAAAUAUACAUGAAUGGCAACAGAAAAAGCAUUGCUUCCUUGUAGAAAACCACUAGGAUUUGCAUAAACCACUUCACUCUCUGCAACUGCAGCAUAAUUUAUUAAACUUCGGCUUGCUGAAGCCUGGCAGUGUUACAGAUAAAGUGGCCUCGUGAAUAGGAAUGCCUGCCCAGAUAUCAGAAUUGGACAUCAUGGAUGAAGAUCAAUUAAUUGAAGAAGUCUUGGAUAAAUUUGUUAAUUGCCAUGAACAAACGUAUGAAGAAUUUCUGAGCACUUUUACUCAUCUUUCAAAAGAGGAUAAUGUGACCAAAAGAGGAGCAUUUGGAGCUGAUACUUCAGAAAACAUAUUUCCUUCAAUAAAAUUUGCUCGUGGAAAUGAACCAAAUGAUCAUCUUAGAAAUAAAGCCAUCUUUCUUCGUUCUUCAUCACAAUGUUCAGAAGAAGAACAGGUAGUGAUAGAUGAAGGCCAAAAAGUUGGCAGUUCCUUUCAAGGUGAUCUGAAUCGGGCAGGAAAGGUGAAGGUAGAUAAUUUCCUAGAUUUAGAAGAUUUGGAUGAGGAUGAAGAGACUCAGCCCCAAAUGAGCAAGGAUUUGCUGCUGCUUCCAGGAGCAGUGGAGGAGGACAUCUUCACCUGCGUCCCUUCUUACAUUCCUUCUGUGGCCCAGCCCUUCGCCCCUGGGGUAAAGCCUGCGCCCGCUGAGAGAGGAGCAGACAAACAAACGGAAGAGAUACUCGGAGAUGAAGUUCAGCCCUUCUCACUUGAUGAAGAAUUUGAUUAUGACGCUGUGAUGCUAACCCCCAAGUUCACUCCUGCAGAGAUAGAUGCGAUCACAGAGCUAUCCAAGCAAACGAGAGAGAUCACCAACGCAGACUCAGAGGAACCCCAUGGCUGAUCCACCGAGACAUCUUUGUGUUAACGUUUAUUUUGUUGUUAUGCAAGCAACAUUAGAAUAAAAGGUAAACCUACUAUAAUUCCCUUUAUCGAAAUUUUCUUGUGCAUUAAUUGAUCAGAGUUAUUUGUCAAGAGGGAGGUGCAGCUAACAAGACCAAAGAGAUCCGUACGCUUAUAGGAUUCUCCUCUGUCAUGUGUUGCUGAAUCCCAUGACAGGUGGGGGAAGAUGGAGGUGGCAAAUGGGGACAGAAAGCAACAGCUACAGAGGGUCCAUUAAAAAAAAUUUUUUUUUUUUAAUUUGAGUAUAGUUGACACACAAUGUUACAUUAGUUUCAGGUGUACAACAGAGUGAUUUGACAAGUUUAUACCUUAUGCUACGCCCACCACAAGUGUAGCUGCCAUCUGUCACCCUACCACACUAUUACAUUGUCAUUGACUAUAUUCCCUAGGAGGUGCCUUUAUUGCCCUGACUGGAAGCCUGUAUCUCCCACUCUCCUUCACCUAUUUUGCCCAUCCCCUCAGCCCCCUCCCCUCCAGCACCCCAUUUUAGUUUCAGCUAUCCCACCAGGGCCCCCCUGCUCGGAGAGCUCAGGGACCUCCUGGCCCUCACGCUGCCUCAGCUCUAGCACCCUGCCAGGGCACCCCCUGGGCAGAGUGCCCCGGGACACCCUGGUUUGUGCCCGUUUCAGCUUCAGCCAUCCUGCCAGGGUACCCACGGGGCCCAGAACAGAAGGGUCCAUUGUGAUGAGAGCACAGCAACUAGAAAAUGUGAAGUAUUGCAACAAAGACUGGAAACAACCUCCAGUCUUGGGGGUGAAGGACAGUCGCAUACGUAAAACACUGCAGCACAUAGAGAUAAACUGACGGUGUGGGGAGGUCACUGGUCCCAGCUAUCCAGAGACUGGGGUGUGAAUGUGCGUGCUGAGAGGUUGGGCUUUUAGGAUCAAUCGGGAAAAGCUCUGCUGAAAAAGAAGGCAUCUGAGAAUUGAUUAUAUGUCAUAUAUUAAAUUCUUAUACUUUCGUAUUACCAUUAAGCCACGUGUGAUGAUAGUUACAAAGUACAGGGAAUGGUGUCUGUCUCCAGAAGCUUAAAAUAUCAUUUAAGAAGGCCAGACAUAGGUAGAUAAGGUAACUGGAGAAUGUGGAAGCAUCUUAAGAAGUGCUCAUUGUGAAGAAUACCCAUAAAUGUGUUAACGGAGGGAGAAAAGAAGAGUAGUAUGUAUGAAGAAAUUUUAAUCAUUCAAGGAAUCAGUAACAAGUCAAAUGUGCAUAGGCUUAAUGAGUUUUCAUGCAGGCCUGUGCUUGCGUGUGCCACUUAUAUUCCUUACAAAGGACAUUCUUGAUAUAAUGUGAUAGUGUCAAGUGAUUUCCACAGCUAUUUUUCUUUAUCCAGUCAACAAACUUUCAUAAAACACCGUUUUCAUGCCAGACCUUAACCUAGGCAUUGGGGAAGAGGUAGUAAAUUAGACGUGGUCUGAUUUAGUUCAGAGACAGAUACAUAACUAAUUACAGCAGACCUGUGCUGUCCGAUAUAAUAGCCACUGGUGGCGUGUGGGUCUUCAGGACUUGAAAUGUAGCUAGUAUGACUGAGGGACUGAUUUUUAAAUGUUAAUUUUACUUUGAUGUGAAAUAAAAAGGUAAUGUAAUGUACAGCAUGGGGCAUAUAGUCAAAAACAUUCUAUUAACUCUGUAAGGUGACAAAUGGUAGGUGAUUAGACUUACUGUGGUAACCAUUCUGCAGUGUAUAUGAAUGUCAAAUCCCUGUUUUAUACACCUGAAACUAAUACACUGUAUGCCAAUGACAAAGAAAGAAAGGGCCCAAGUCUUUUUUGUUUUUUUAAAGUUGAUAUUUGAUACGGUUAUAAAACUUUCAAGUGUACAUUUGGAACAAUGCGGGUAUGGGAAUCUAUAUUUUCAUCUGUAAAUUUUAUGAGAGGUAAAUACAGAUCAGUUAUUUUUGAUGACAACUUUAGUACCUAAUUUAAAAUAUGCUAGAAGUGUGAAAUACCCAUUGGAUUUUGAAGAAUUAAUAUGAAAAGUCGUAGACUCUCUUAUUACAUUUUUUGUGUGGAUGACAUGUUGAAAUGAUAUGGAUCAAUGAUUAUGGGUCUAUCUGGUUAAAUAAAACGUAUUAUUGAAAUGCACUGAUUUCUCUUUGCCUUUUUAGUGAGGCUCCUAGAACAUUUAAAAUUCCACACAUGUCAUGCAUAUUUCUCUUUGCCAGCCCUGCUGUGGGGGGCAGCCUGUGUUGGAAGAGCGGUGUGCACCGAAAGCUACUGGGGCAAAGUGAGUGGAGUUGUUUAAUCACGAACGGAGAGCUGAGGACUCUUCAUCGAGGGGGUGACAUUUGAGCUUGCUGGGGAGCAAGCAGUAGGAGUUUUUGGUUGGACGCUGUUGGAAUAGUUUGCGUGGGAGAUGAUAAGAGCUCGAAUUAAAGCAGUGGAGGUGGAGGGCAUGGAUCUGAUUAAAGAUUUGGAAGUAGAACAAGCAAGGAUUAUUGAUUGAGACCAUGUGGGAAGGAGGGAGCGUCUGUGAGGUUAAGACAAGAUUUUAGCACGUGAUCUAUAUACACACUGCUUGAGGACAACACAUCGUGAUUUAGCUGUUCACGAGACCAGGACUCUCUUGUCUCAGCAUGUAUGCAGUGUUUUGGUAUUUUGAAUGAAGAAAAGACCUCACCAUUUUUAAGACAUCUCAAUUUUAUGGACUUAAAUAAUUUUGUAAUAGAAAAAAAGAACCACAACUAUCUUUCUAAGUGUUUGCAAAGAACUACACUUUAGUGGAGCAUUUUAUGAACCAGCCAGGCUCCAUGGCAGGGGAGGACGUUGCUGCUGAGCAUUCUAUCUGUGUAGCUGCUGCGCUAGGUUUUGGCUUUAUUCCUUUUGGCGUUUUGAUUCUCGCAUUAUUUGGGGGCAACUGUGCAUUACAGCAAAAGCGACACUGGAAAAUGGGCUCCUUAAAGCCUCUGAGUGAUCUAGUUGUAUCUCAGUUGUACCGUCUCUCUUCCCCUAACUAGAAAUGCUCCUCCGUGACUUUCAGCUUCGUGGAUCCCUUGAGUCGGUGUCAAUGGUUUGUCUUACGUUGGCUGGCAAACCCUAACCAAACCCUCAAGAAGAAGCCUGCACUUCCAUUGAUGGGUCAUGCUUACCUGGAUUAGGUAGUGGCAUCCGAGGUAAGACGAAUAAAGAGCAAAAGAUAAGGAGAAGCACCUGCGUGUGCAGACCAGACUGGGAGGGAAGAACGUGAACACUUGAACUAUGUCCUUGCAAUAAUGCAGCAGUGGCAACACAGACUGGCUUGAACAGAGACAGUUUCCUGCCGUGCCAGGCCAGGGUCUUCAGCGUAGGGGCAGGCUGCGCGAUCGUACUCUUUCAGAAUCCAUCGGUUGUGGAGUAGCACAAGGAGGAAAAAAUAGUCAGAUCAUCUUGGAUUUCCUUGACUCCUUCAUCAAGAAUUCUCUUUUCUUUUGCCACGA